AUGAAUCAACUUAACCCAAAUGAAAUAUACGAAAAUUUACUUAGAUAUCAAGAAAAACUCUCCACUAUUUUUCAAAAUAAUGAAAAAGAUGCAAAUUCAAAUGAACUAAUCACCUCAAUUAUUACCUGCUCAGAAUCUUUGAAUGAUGAACAAGCAAAUUCAAUUUUUGAGACAUAUUCACAAUGUGCAAAUAUUGGUAUCAAAAAUCCACUUUGGAUUGCUUCUUAUGCAUUAACUUAUGAAAGAGUACAAAAUUAUAUUCCAGUUUUUCAAAUAUACCAAUCUGCAUUUAAUAAUCAAAUCGAGCCACCAUUUCUCAAAGAUCAAUAUAGCAAAUUCAUAUCAAGAAUGCAGAAGAGGUUAUCUCAAGUUGUAAAAUUUGAUUUGGGAAUGUAUAAUAAUAUUAAAUACACAUGGCGUGCAGGAAAUGUCAUUGCAAUGGAGAAUGGCAGGCGCACAGAUCCAGAAAUAGAUAUCGUAACCAUUCUUGGCAUGAAUAAACUCAAUAAAACAACAGAUUCUUUCUCAACAAUGAAAACAGAGAGACCAGCAUACGAUGCAAACUUACUUUUGUCAACAGAUGGAACAUCUCGCAGCUUUGUUGAAGCUCGACUUGCGGAUAUGGGAAUUGAUUUUGUGAGAUUACGGAAAGAAAAAGAAAGAAAAGCUCAACCAAGAAUUCCAUUACAACCAAUCUCUCCUAAAUCAGAAUCAAAGCCAACAGAAACAGUUUUCAGAUUACCAAGCAGAACAAAAGGUAAAUCUUCUUUCUUAGCUCAAGAAGAAGGUUCAGUACCUGAAAGGAAACCAUUGCAAGUUAUAAAAUCUUCAUUCUUGACUAAUGAAGCCGAUCCAGAUGAAUUUAAUCCUUUCCGACAACAAGAUGAAGAAAUUCAUAAGGAAAAGAGGAGACCAUUAGCUCCAAUAUCAUCAUCUCCAACAAUAGCACCACCGUCAACCACAAGGACAAGAGGAAUUCUUAAAAGAGGAGAUAGUAAAGGCUCAAUUUCGCCAUCACGAGUUAAAAUCCAAGGAAGUCCACACAAAGGAGCCAAAAGUAGUUUUAAUAUUGGCGAAAGAGUCAAUGCCGAUGAUCUUGAAAUCGAAGUCCUUGAACAGAUUGGAAAUAAUUCUUAUGUCUGUAGCUCUGUUGAUGGUAGAAAAUAUUUUGUUAAAAUUUGCCAAAUGAAUUCUCUUCUUAGGGAAAUUGAUCACAAAGAAUUAUUCUCUAUACCAGAACCUCGUUAUGAAACAUAUUUCCUUGUUCCAUUCCUGAAUAUUCCAUUUUCAAAAGUUGUUUCCAUUAUUACUUCGAAGAAAACAGACCAAACUGUUGCAUUUUUCUUUUUGAUGCAGCUUUGUAGAAUUCUUUUUAGUUUGGAAAGCGCAAAUAUUCACCAUGGUUCUAUUGCCAUUGAAAACAUAAUGUACAGAAUUCCUGAUGCCGAACUUCGUGCUUUCGAUGAUGGAGAGGAGUGGGCAGGUUGUGGAUUGACUUUGACUAAAUGCGAUAAAAUAUCAAAAGGUAAAAUUGAAGAAGAAAGAAAGUCUGCUUUAGAAAUAUUCCUUCAAAUAGCAAAUGGUAAUGCAAAGAAAACAGAUAUGCCAAAGAGAUGGAAUAAAGAAAUAUGGGAAAUGGCAAUUUCUGUUUUAAGUCUUUCCAACAACGCUCCAUCAAUUAAAGCAUUGGAAGGAAAGAUUCUUACAUUUUUAAUAGAAAAGGGAGAAACAGUUAAAUCUCAAAUCUCUAGAAUCAAUGUUUCUCUUCUAAUGGAAUAG